AUGUGUUUCAUUGAACAAAGGGACGGCCACGAUCCGCACACCCUACACGACAUCAGGAGCACAACGCCGACGUCGCGCGGCGACGUGCUGAAGAAAAGUCGCAUCCGCCUGGCGCCGUUAGGCCCAUGCCACGACGGACGCCUCCGGUUGAGAUGGGAGAACCACCGGCGAAGCCCGUGGACUUCUCAGCCAACACUGCGCCGACUUCAUCUGGCAUACCUCACCCGAAGCCCCGACGGGGCAACAAGCCGAAUGACAACAAGCAAGACUCCUACGAAAACGUCGAGGAGGGAGGUGCUGGCAGGAUCGGGGACGAGGGUGAGGAGGAGGAUGCCAUGCCGCUCUUGGCAGGUCUGUUGGGGCCACCACCACAUCGCCAGACUGGACGUGCUCCCACGCGCUGCAAACGCACGAAGAGAGAUGCGAUUGUCGAGUUCUUGUCCACAUGAUGCACCCGGAGGCUUGUUUCACCGCGGUGUUUCAGGGAAUCUGUACAUGAACCAAUUACGAGGCCCACAUGGCUGCCGUGAUUCGGGCAGUAUGGUGAUCGAGGACUGUAGGUCUUCACCUUGUCGCAAUGUUCGAAAAUUCCGGUGCAAAGAAGCCGAAGAAAUGUCCCCACAAGCUCUGCAUUUGGAGCGAGUUACACCUGCUGAGAACCAUGUCAUUGAACGUGUCCGAUCCAGCUUAUCCGCUGCGAUGUAUUCACAGCAAAAAGCAGCCCGCUUUCUCCGGAGUUUGUACUUAGAUCCCAGACCUUUGUCGCCAUGCUAA